UAUUCUGAAGUUCUCAUUAAACACAUUUAUCUCUCAAGCUUUGGAAGGAGCCAAAAUGCCAAAGGCAAGAAUUCCAGAGCACUGCCUACACUGUUUUGAUAUCCUGAUAAAUGUCUAACAAAUCUAGCAUGUGUCCUCUAGGCCUGACCAGUUGCUGGGCAAAGUUCCAGAACAGUGAGACAUCUUGGGAUUCAUCUGGUUUAGGAAAGACCUUUAACUACUAGGUGGUAGUCACCUCAAUGUUCUCUAAAUAGUCAGGUUUUGAGGUCUUUUCACUGGGGUCUGUUCUGAUGGCUGCCUCCCACCAGCGUGAAACAGAAGGAUGACCUUAUUCUGUGAGCAGAACAACUGUGAAGGAAGUAGCUGCAUGUGUGAAAGUCUGUGGGAAGAGAGAGCCACCUACAAUGUCCCCACCAAACCAGUCAGUGGAAGGCCUUCUGCAGGGAGCUCCCAACAGAUCCCUGAAUGCCACAGAAACCCCAGGGGCUUGGGAUGCAGGGACCCUCCAAGCCCUCAAGAUUUCUCUUGCUGUGGUCCUUUCCAUCACCACACUGGCCACAGUCCUUUCCAACGCCUUUGUGCUUACCACCAUCUUCCUGACCAGGAAGCUCCACACCCCAGCCAACUAUCUCAUUGGCUCCCUGGCCGUGACUGACCUCUUAGUUUCCAUCUUGGUCAUGCCCAUCAGCAUCGCAUAUACCACCACCCACACCUGGAGCUUUGGCCAACUCCUGUGUGACAUCUGGCUGUCUUCUGACAUCACGUGCUGCACAGCCUCCAUCCUGCAUCUCUGUGUCAUUGCUCUGGACAGGUACUGGGCCAUCACUGAUGCUUUGGAGUAUAGUAAACGCCGGACAGCAGGCCGUGCGGUCGCCAUGAUUGCCAUCGUCUGGGCCAUCUCCAUCUGCAUCUCCAUCCCACCGCUCUUUUGGCGGCAGGCCAAAGCUCAGGAAGAGAUGUCGGACUGCCUGGUGAACACUUCUCAGAUCUCCUACACCAUCUAUUCCACCUGUGGGGCCUUCUACUUCCCAUCUGUGUUGCUCAUCAUCCUUUAUGGCCGGAUCUACACAGCCGCCCUGAACCGCAUCCUGAAUCCGCCAUCCCUCUACGGGAAGUGCUUUACCACAGCCCGUCUCAUCACAGGCUCUGCGGGGUCCUCGCUCUGCUCGCUCAAUCCCAGCCUUCACGAGGGGCACUCUCAUUCCGCAGGCUCCCCUCUCUUUUUUAACCAUGUGAAGAUCAAGCUUGCGGAUAGUGUCCUGGAGCGCCAGAGGAUUUCUGCUGCCCGAGAGAGGAAAGCCACUAAAACCCUGGGGAUCAUUCUGGGCGCCUUUAUCAUCUGCUGGCUGCCCUUCUUUGUUGCAUCUCUGGUCCUGCCCAUCUGCCGGGACUCCUGCUGGAUCCACCCAGCUCUUUCUGACUUUUUCACCUGGCUAGGCUAUCUAAACUCCCUCAUCAAUCCAAUAAUCUAUACUGUGUUUAACAAAGACUUUCAGCAAGCAUUUCAGAAAGUCGUCCAUUUCGGGAAAGCCUCAGUCUUGUUUGGUGGCAACUCUUGUUAUCUUUUAUGUCCUGUAACCCAACUGGAAUUGUCUUUUUUAUUUUUCCUGAGAGUUGGGUUAGUCCUGAUAUCUUGGGUUUUGGUUCAAUCAAUAGAAUUGUUCAGCAUUCUUCUUUGCUGCUGUUUUCUUGACCUCUGAGCCACCCAAAGCUGGGCAGCUGUGUAAAAUGGAACAAGACCUCACUUAGUAUAUUUUCACAGUUCAUCCAUGUUGGGAAGAAUGUGACCACAGGUUUCCCCAUUGAUGCAAUU